AACUGCUUUUCUCUCCUAUCAAACCCUCUAAACCUACUCUCUCUCUCUCUCUCUCUCUCUCUCUCUCUCUCUCUCUCUCUUGCAGCUCAGGGAAGGACAACAGUCAAUCACGAACCAAGAAAGAACCCCACAAACUCUUAGUCCCACUAAGCUCCAAACCUGCAAAAUUUAAGACACUCUCUCUCAUCUUUCUCUUUCUCUCUCUCUCUCUCUAAACGCAAUAGGAUGAUGAUCAGUUAGAGAGGAGCAAAGAGAUGGGGUUGAUGAAUCACCUUUGAACCCAGUAAAGAAGACCGACCCCCCCACCCCCCACCAAAUGGAACUAACAGAUUUGCAAACCAACAAGCAAACCAACACCGCCACUCACCGCCACCACCACCAACAACAGCAGCAACAGCAACAGCAACAGCAACAGCAGCAGCAACAACAACAACAACAUCAUCAUCACCAUCACCAACACCAACAGCAGAAUCAGUCUUCGUCUUCCCACCAGCUUGUGGUCCCUUUUGAUGGCAGAUCAGGAGGAGGACCCUUCAUGGGCUCCAUAUCCAUCCAAGCUGGCCUCACCACUUCUUCGUCUCCAUCUUCUUUGUCCUCUUCCACCUCCUCUUCAUCCUCCUCCGCCUCUACCUCCGCUGCCCCGCCUCACCUCGUCGACGCCUCCCUCGCCAUCGCCACCAGAUCCGACCGAUCCACUCCCCGCCUCGACUCCAUAAAAAAAAACCCACAUCAACAAUUGUCUGUCGUACCCACUACAACUGCGGUAACAACGACAGCCGCCACGACAACAACGGCCCUCACAGUCAAGCGAUCCACGAAGGACCGCCACACGAAGGUCGACGGCCGGGGCCGCCGUAUCCGAAUGCCGGCCACCUGCGCCGCCAGGGUCUUUCAAUUGACCAGAGAAUUGGGGAACAAGUCCGACGGCGAGACCAUCGAGUGGCUGCUACAACAGGCCGAACCGGCAAUUAUCGCGGCCACGGGGACCGGCACAAUCCCGGCCAAUUUUUCCACUCUCAACGUCUCGCUUCGCAGCAGCGGCUCCACGCUCUCGGCUCAGCCUACAAAAUCCGCUCCUCAUUCGUUUCCCGGCACUUUGGCUCUCGCUCACCAUCCUUUCCACGAAGAAGCGUUCCCUCACCCGGCUUUCUUAGGCUUCCAUCAACAGCAGCACCUUAUGACAGCAGAUCAAAUAGCAGAAGCGCUUCCAAGUGGUGGCGGCGGUGGUGAGAGCGGUGGGGGUGGAGAUUCCACCGAGAAUUACAUGAGAAAACGCUUCAGAGAAGAUCUAUUCAAGGAAGAUAGUCAUAGUCAUAGUCAACAGCCACAGAGCGAGAGCGGUGGUGGUGGCGGAGAAGGUUCGCCUUCAGGGAAUAAGGCUUUCAAGAGCAGCGGCUUACAAUUACCAAAAUCGCAAGUACAAGAGGCAGGAUCUUCGGGGCUGCUUAGGCCCUCCAAUAUCCUGCCCGCAACUGCCAUGUGGGCAGUGGCGCCGGCCCCCAGUACCGGCACGGGCAGCGCAUUCUGGAUGCUGCCGGUUAGCGCCGGUGCCGGAGGCAGCACCACUUCUGGGGCUGGCCCGUCAGAAUCCCACAUGUGGACUUUUCCGACAGCGCCAACGGCGAGUGGGAACACAUUGCAAGCGCCGCUGCAUUUCAUGCCGAGGUUCAAUCUUAAUCCGGCAAGUCUUGAAUUCCAAGGGAGUAGAGCGAGUCCUCUUCAAUUGGGUUCCAUGUUAAUGCAGCAGCAACAGCAGCAGCAGCAGCAGCCGUCUCAGCAUCUCGGGCUGGGAGUUUCGGAAUCCAAUCUGGGAAUGUUGGCCGCUCUGAAUGCUUAUUCUAGAGGCGGUCUGAACAUGAAUUCCGAUCACCAGCAAAACCAUCCGUUGGAUCAGCACCAUCAACACCAGCCUCAAGGUACUGAUAGUGGAGAUGAAGGCCCAGAUAGUUCUCAGUGAGCUAGAGAGUCAUCAGAAGAAUAUACGAUCGACUCGGAGCUAGCUAGCUAGCUAGAGAUUGCAUGUUGGCUUUGUUUUGCAGAUUUGGAAGUUGUUGGAAUUUCAUGUGACAUCGUCUGAGAAGAGAGGCUCCUAGUUCUCAUGAUCAUUUAGUGUUCUUUUGAGGUUUUUUUUUUUUUUUUUUUUUUUUUUUCUUUCUUUCUUAAAAACUGUUUUUUUGGGAUUUGUCUAGAUUGUUUAUGUGGGAGUUUGAGAGAUGUAUUUGUUAGUUUUGGUCCAAAGGGACUGAAAGGAAUAGGCAGAGAGAGAUAGAGCUUGUAUAGGAGGAUAUUUGUUGGUGUUUAGUAUUGUUAUUUGCUUUGUUUGUAUGAGAAAAAUGGAAAACAACCAAAAGGAAUUAAGAGUAAAAUUUGGAA